AUGGCCAUGUCGUCGGAGUCCAUCGAGUCCUACCUGAAAUCGGUGAUACAGCCGUUGACGACGGACCUCGCAACGGACAUGUUGCCGCUCACGCCGCAGGACCCGGAAAGCUUCAUCACCGGCUGGCUCCGCCAGCGCGCCCCGCACCACCAAGCACCGAUGUCCCUCCGCCGCCGCAACGAAGCCCUGAAGCAGGAGCUCUCGGCCCUGGAAGGCGAGCUCUCUGCGGCUUCGCACGGCGGCGGCAGCACCAAGGACCUGCUGGAUUCCCACGGCGGUGCAAGGGCCGAGGACUGCGGCGGCAACGGUAUGCAGGACUUCGACUUGUCCUUCGCAAUGACCGGCCUGCCACAGAUGCAGGCGCCCUUCAAGCGCGGCCGGCUGUGGCAGUACCAGCCCCGCACGGACACCUGGGAGAAGGUGCUCGUUCUCCUCGGCCCCGGCGUCCUGGAGACCUUCGCCGAAACCACUGGGAAGCGCCAAGCCCGGUUGAUGCUGGGAGCCACCGGCUCCGCCAAGCCCGAGCACGAGAAGCUCCCGCCGGAAAUUGAGGGCUACGCGUUCGAAGUCUCGAACUUCGUGCAGGCGGAGCCAGCAUUGACGCACCUGCGCCUAGCGGCGGCGACGGAGGAGGAGAGGCGGGAGUGGCUCCUGGCCAUCAACGGCCACGUCACAGCGCUGUUCUGCAAGAUGGGGGCCGCCCUCGCCGUGCUCUCCGCGGAGCUUCAGAGGCUGAAGUCAGAAGACGCCGGCACCCCAGCCGCAAAGCGCGAAGGAGGCGAAGACAUGGCCCAGCUGGAGCGCCGCUUGUCGCGGCUGGAGCAGCGGGUGCAGCCAGAAGACGCCCAGGAGCCAAGGAAGCCGAAAAGGGAGGACGAAGAAGAAGUCGACCCGGCCACGAUGCCCACGACCUACGACGCAGCGCUGGAGCUAUCUGGUGGGGCGACGCGACUGCACGACUACGAGGCCUUCAGCGGGGAGCUCAAGGAGAAGUACGAGCCCAACAAGGAUCUCGUGAAGAUGAUGGGGAAGGACUGGCAGAAACGGCGCUCCUUUUCCACGAAGAUGAAUUAUCAGCCGUACAAGAACACCUUGGAGGAGCUCUAUGCCUUCUGCAAGGAGAAGGCUCCCAUCUUCUUCGCCAAAGUGCGGGAGGUGGCAGAACGCACCGGCGGGCGGAACGUCGAGCCACCCCUGAAGGGCAUGCCAAGGUGCCGGGACAAGGCGCAGUUCAAGUACAAGGACAAGAACGGCGACAUUUCGUGGCACAGAUUGACCGACAUCGUGAGGGACACCAUCGUUUACAAGAAUCUGGAUGACAUGUACAAAGGUCUCCGAGCGAUCCACGAAGACGAGGAGAUCGACAUUAUCGAGUGCAACGACCGUUACAUGAACCCGCUCGACGGAGGGUAUCGUGAUCUUCAGCUGAGCCUCCGCAUCGACGGGAUGGUCUGCGAGCUGCAGCUGAACACGAAGUGGAUGCUGCACGUGAAAGAGAACGCGGGGCACCGGGCCUUCGAGGUCUCCCGCGAGGUCAUGGCAGCAGUUGCAGAGCCGAAUGCUGUGGAGAGGUGCCACAACAUCCUGCGCUGGGGCAAGGAGAACCUGGGCCCCAACGCCGACGCCGAACUCCAGGAGAUGCUGAAUGACGACAAGAAGGGCCUCCUGCACAAGGCGGCGAAGGCGGGCAACGCACAGCUCGUGAGCAUCUUCUUGGCCUUCCGCGCGGACGUGAACCACAGGGAUCCCAAGAUGAUGCGGACGCCGCUGCACGAAGCCAUGGCGCAGGGCCACGAGAGGGCGAUGUGGGCCCUUCUCUGCGCACGAGCCGACCUCCAAGCUCGAGAUAACGACGGCCAGGUGCCCCUCCUGGAUGGCCUGUUGAAGCUUCGCCAAUCGGGAGGCGGUAACCGUGCUAGCACCCUCCAUGGAGGCGUCGCGCGCCUCGUCUCCGUGGCCGUCCAGUGUGGAGACGCUGGUCUGGACCAGCUGCGCAAGGCGAAGGAUGACCUGGGUGCUGCCGUGAAGCGCCGGCUGGUCCAAAGCCAGGUGUUCGAGAAAGAAGUGAUGUCAGCGACAGAGAAGAAGCACAAACGGGAAGCCCGCCCGGCCAAGUGCUUUUUUUGCAGCAGCAAAGCCUUCCUCUUUCAGUUCGAGCUCGUCAGCUCGUCCGAAUCCUUCGACUUUCGCGCCGAUGGGAAUCUUGCCAAGGUGAAGCAGCUGCUGGCUGAGUGGGCCGACCCCAACACCCCCAGCAGUGCUAAAGACGGUCACCCCCCGCUGCAUGCGGUGCUGCUGCGACCGCAAGGCCUCCAGCCAGUGCACUUCGAGAUCCUGAGGGCUCUGGUCGACAUGGAUGCCGACCUUGGCCUCACCACGGAAAUGGCAGCUGGAGAAACCCCUUGCACCUUCGCGUUGCUCCACAGUGCGCUCCACUCGAAGAGUGGCAAGGCGCUGAAGAUGCUGGCCGCCGCCGGGCUCCGGCACGAGGGGAAGCCGCUCAGCCAGGUGCUCGAUCCAGAUGAACUGCGAAGCGAAGAGCCCUCGGUCUGGUCGAUGCUGGCACCCCUGGAGGAGCAGCGGGUGCAGUUGCUGGAUGCGUCCCUGGUCUCUGUGGGGGAGAUGUUGGAGCUGGGGGCCACUCCUGGCCAGGUCAAGGGGUUGCACAAGCGAGCAGGCCUGCAGACCCCGGAGAAAUUCCUCCGGCAGGUGGUGCUGAAGGGCUUCGGGCCUAAGGACCUGGCAGAGAAACUCCGGGAAGACCCCCGCUUCCUGGCUCCCGCACUUCCGAUGCCACCUUUCGAAGCCGUGAGAGAGGCACUGCAGCAGGCCCCAGCGGAUCUUCUCAACGACCAGGACGUCCUCCUUGCUUGCAUCGGCCACGAUGCUGCCUGCUUGGCCGAUGCGCCAGAGGCCCUGCGCUCGGAUCGAUCCCUCCUGCUGGAAGCAGUGCAGCGGCAUCCCCGAGCCCUCGAGUUCGCCGCGGGCUUUCGCGAGGACCGCGACUUCGUCGCGGACGCAAUGCGGCUCCAACCGGUGCUGGAGUUCGCUGGCGGCCUGCGCCGCGACCGGGAGCUGGCCCUGGAGGUCGUCCGGCAGGCACCUUGGGCGCUGGACCUGGUCGAUGCCCAGCUCCAAAACGACGUGGCGUUGGCCUUCCAAGCCACGCAGGCCUUGGCCGGAUUGGGCACUCGGGACGUGGACUUCUCCCAGAUGGCGGAGCUGCGCAGCGUCCCGCAUGACUCGAGGGUGUGCUGCAUCUGCGAUACGGGAGCGAGCAGGCUGGCGGUGGGCUGUUCGGACGGCACUAUCCAGCUCCAUAAUCUCGGGCAGAGCGAUGAGCCUGCCUCAAAACUGGUGGGCCACGAGAGGGCUGUGCGCUGCCUCUGCCUGAUGUCCGUGGAGGUCCUGGCCAGUGGGUCCGCGGACAGCACGGUGCGCACCUGGAACCUGCACAGCAAGGAAGCGCUGAAAGUCCUCAGCGGACACACGAACUCGGUGGAGGGCCUGGCGCGGCUCAAUGACACUCGGCUCGCGAGCGCAAGCGCUGACAAGACCGUGCGCCUGUGGAGUCUUGCGGAGCCGGAAGAGUGCCGAGUGCUCCAGGGCCACAGCAGCUCUGUGCUCUGCCUCUGCCUCACGAACACCGGCAGCCUCGUGAGCGGGAGCUUUGACAAGACUCUCCGAGUGUGGAGCCCUGAGACCGGCGAGGAGCAGCACGAGCUGCGGGGCCACGAACACGUUGUCCUCCGCCUCUGCCAGGCAUCUGCCGAGCUCCUGGCAAGUGGCAGCUACGACCAAACGGUGCGGUUGUGGAGCCUCAGCGGCCAGUGUCUCCUCGCUGCGCACACCAAAGAGAUCGGAGCACUGGUGAUGGCGAAGGUGCAGGGAGAGCACGUGCUGUGCAGCGGCAGCGUUGACUCGACCCUGAAGCUUUGGCAGCUGCAGGCCUGGGGCGUGCGCGGCUUCUCGAAGGAUCCCACCGAAGUGCAAUGUGCCACGCAUGACUCGCAGGUGUGCUGCGCCUGCGAUACGGGAGCGAGCAGGCUGGCGGUGGGCUGCGAGGACGGCACUAUCAAGCUCCACGACCUCAGUGGCACCCGUGAGCCGCCUGUGGAGCAAGGUUACAGUUACAGACAUGCUGUACACUGGCGAAGCUUACUGACUCCGGCUACCCGUAACGUGCAUCGAACGAAACUGGUGGGACAUGAGAAGGCUGUGACGUGCCUGUGCCUGAUGUCUGAUGAUGUCCUGGCCAGUGGGUCCGAAGACAAGACGGUGCGCCUGUGGAACCUGCACAGCAAGGAAGCGCUGCAAGUCCUCAGCGGACACACGAACGAUGUGCAGGGCCUGGCGCGGCUCAAUGACACUCAGCUCGCGAGCGCAAGCAAGGAUAAGACCGUCCGCCUGUGGAGCCUUGCGAAGCCGGAAGAGUGCCGAGUGCUCCAGGGUCACACCGACUGGGUGCGCUGUGUCUGCCUCACGACCACUGGCAGCCUCGUCAGCGGGAGCGAGGACAGGACCCUGCGAGUGUGGAACCCAGAGACCGGGGAGGAGCAGCACGAGCUGCUCAGCCACCAAGGCUCUGUCUUCUGCCUCUGCCAGGCCUCGCCGGAGCUCCUGGCGAGUGGCAGCAUCGACCAAACGGUGCGGUUGUGGAGCCUCAGCAUGGACAGCGGUGCGGGUCCUCGAAGGCCUCACUUUCUUCGUCUACUCGCUGUGCCUCCUGGCGCCCAACCACCUCGCAGCUGCCGAUGGCGUUGGCCAACUCCGCGUCUGGUCGGUGCAGAGCGGCGAGCCGCUGCACGAUAUCAAGCAGGCCCACAGCAAAGCGAUCCCAGCACUGGUGAUGGCGAAGGUGCGUGGAGAGCGGAUUCUGUGCAGCGGCAGCUUUGA